CUAGCUGUCCCGGAUAGUGUCAUUUCAGCGGACGUGUGUCUAUUUGGGGGGUGUGACAGCACUCUCCAUACAGCUGUGCCCGGCUUGUUUAUGGGUUAAACAGGUUGCUUAGGGUGCUGUGGGACAGGAAACACACCGGGUCAUGUUCUGGAGAAACACACGGACACUUACCACCGAUUUGUCCUGGGACUUACCGGUUGGAGCCGCUGCUUAAAUUAAAGUGAAUGAGCGACAAGCCGACACGAAUGUUCAUCUAUAAAACACUGCAGUUACUUAGUAGUAGUGUUUGUGUGACAUGAAUGACAAACAGGACAGGCCUUAUGUGUGCGGCGCCCCAGGCUGCUCUCAGCGCUUCCAGUUAGAGGAACAUCUCAUCAUCCACAGACACAAGCAUGAGAUGACCCUCAAGUUUCCCUCCAUCAAGACAGAUAAUGCUUUUACAGACCAGACUCCGACACCAACCAGGUUUUUGCAGAACUGUGAUGAGGCUGGUCUGUUUAAGGAGAUAGAGGAAGAGUUUCUUCAGGCACAAGAAGAGGAAAAGAGUAAACAGACGCUUUCCCAUAAUGGGCCUUCCUGUAUGAACCAGCAUCAGCUCAAACCCCAGCUUCAGCUCCAGCACCCACCCCAGCCUCAGCACCCACAUCCCCAGCCACCGCUGCACCAUCCCCAGACCCACCCCCUGCAGCACCCCCUGCCCCACGGCCCCCUGAUGGGCCCAAGUUGCAGCCUGGCUACCCAGCAAGCUCUGUCCUCCUCCCAGUCUGGAUCAGUCAUCACCCAGGCUCCCUCCACUCUUACACACUCAGGGCCGGUUCCCGGGCCGCUGUCCUCCCUCCUCCACAUGCGGAACAGACACAGACAACCGCUGCCAGCCUCCCUGCCUGGCACGCUGCCAGACCCCGCCAUGCAAGGGGCAUCUGCUCAGCACAUGCCCAUGGAGAAGCAGAUGUCAUGUGUAAUGGGUAUACCUGGACCUGUACACAACCCCUCCUGUUCCUCGCCUCAGAGAUCCAAACAGACCGUGGGCCACCAUUAUCAGCAACACCAUCCACGCAUGGUCGCCAUCAACAACCCUGUUACACCCAUGGGUCACAUGCUGGAAAUGAUGUCACAGCGCCAGCAAGUGCCUCCGCUUCAGCACCACCAUCAUCACCAUCCACAGCUUCCAGCUCCACCCAUCAGCUACCAACAGCAAUUCCAUACUCCACCUCCUCAGCAUCUGGGAAGCACUCAUACCCACCAGCUUCACCAGUCAGGGAAUGUACCCCACACUCAGGCCCACCAGUCACCACCUCCUCGUCUGCAUCAGGGCUCACCUCCUGCACCUACCAUGUCUGUUCCAGCCCAGGUGUCACCAAUAGCGCAGCAAAUGCAGCCUUCCUCCCAGCCAUCCCAGUGCCACCAUGCAGUGCAGGCAGGUGGAAGCUGCAGCAACACAGGAGGAGGAGGGGGAGGAGGAGGAGGGGGAGGGGGAGGGGGAGGUAACCGUCGCAGGAGGACAACAGAGCAGGACCCAGAUGAGCGCAGGCAAAAGUUUCUGGAACGUAACCGGGCAGCAGCCACGCGCUGCCGACAGAAGAGGAAACUAUGGGUGUCAUCGUUGGAGAAGAAAGCGGAGGAGCUGACACACACGAACCUGCAGUUACAGAACGAGGUGACAUCAUUAAGGUCGGAGGUGGGCCAGCUGAAGCAGAUUCUACUCACCCACAAAGACUGUCCCGUCACCGCCCGGCAGAGAGAGUCACAGGGUUACCCCACUGCAGGGGUGAGUCCAGCAGGAAGUCCCACCCCUAUAGGGCCUGGGUCUCAUCUGCAGGCCAUUCAGCACAACAGCAUCUCCACGUCCUCGAGUGCUGGGGGCAACGCAGGCCAUGACCCCCAGCCUGGAUGUUAGCCCUCACCAUAUAAUAAAGGAAGGGAGGGUGGAACUGGAUGGUUGAAUCCAAACAGACUGAAAAAAUUAGUCUCAGCAAGCUGUGGAUGCACGUCUUCUAACAUUACACAAGUGGAAAACUGAACUGGAUAGGAGAAUUUAACAAUCUCUGUGAACACUGUUAUUUUUUCUUGUUGUUUUCAUUCAUUUUAGUUAAAGAUCAGACCAGUAGCAUCACAUACAAGAUGCAAAAAAAACCCCACCUUUUCUGGAUGCCUUGUACGGUUUCACACCAACUGGAUCCUAUUAUUUGUUGUCAUUUACAGCAAUUUGACCAUUGCCUGCUGCCCACUGACUAUGCACGCACAUUGUCAUGACACAUCUUUUCAGUCUUUUUUUUUUUUUUUUUUGCUCCUAUAUCUUGCACUAAAAUUUGAGUAUUUAUAGUCUUUGUGUAAGUAUAUUUUUGACUGAGCAACUGCAAAUGCACACCUUAUGCCUUGUCUUGGAAGCAAAGACAGAAUUGUUAAAAUCAAUGAAACAGUGUAUUUUUCUACAAAUAUCAUGUGUGUAUGUUAAGUUCUGAGUCUUGUAAAGGAAACCCACAUGUUUUUGGAAGCCAUUUCAAUGUAACUGUACAGUAUGUCUUUAUAGCACUUGAUUUUUUUGCUCUUAUUUUCUAACAUAACGUCCCUAUAAACUGCACUUCAUGUCUCAGCCUCUGUCCAUUUCAAUUACACUUAAGUUACUCUUUUUGUACUGUAAAGGUGUUGAAAAUUGCUGUAAAUCUAAUGCUAUAAUAAAAACCUUUAUUCUGUU